AUGUACGCGCCUCAGGAUGUCGGGCUCGUCGCUCGCCCGAUCGAGGGUGGGGAAGUCCAGAGCUCCGCGGCGGAGCAGAUGCAGGACGCCGCGCGUCUGGUGACCAACCUCCAGACCGAGAGCGACGGCGUGGACCUCGUCACGCUGCUCAGGGAGACCCCGCGGGAGGCGUACUCCUUCCAGCAACUAGGGUGGCCGUCCGAGAUUGCGGCGACGCGCACGAGCGAGCUCCCGGCCGUCGUCUUGGAGCGGUACUCGACGCGCCAGUCUGUGUGCUUCUGCGGCGUCCUGCCCGAGAUCAAUCGCGCCUGGGCCACCGUGGACAACGCGCUCUUCCUCUGGCGCCUGGACAGGCCCGACGACGUGCCCGUGGAGUACAGCGGCGAGGAGCAGGCCAUCGUCGCCGUGGGCCUCGCCAAGCCCAAACAAGGCGUCUUCCUCCGCACCAUCGACUACGUCCUCGCGGUGGCUACCACCGUGGAGGUUGUCCUCGUGGGAUGCGCAUUCGGCGACGGCCGCGAGGGAUCGACGUUGGACGACGAGCUCACCCUCCACGCCCUCAACUACAGCUGCACCACGGACGACGUCGUCGCCAAGGACAUCGCGAGCACCGACGGCGGACGCAUCUUCUUCGCCGGCGACGACGAGGCUCUGUACGAGAUUGAAUACUCCUCGUCGGACACGUGGCGGCAGCGACGGUGCCGAAAAGUGUGCCACCACAGCGCGCUGCCCCGCAUGUUACCCAGCAUCCUGCGCCUGAGGGCGCCGGACCCGCUGCGGCAGGUGCUGGUGGACGAGCACAGGUGCGCCUUGUACACGAGAUCCGAAUCGGGCGUCGUCUCCGUCUUUGACCUCGGCGCCAAUUGCGCCGAUCCCCCCAGGAAAGUCGCGGAGGUUCGCGACGUCGCCGCGGCUGCGCAGAUGGCGCGCGGCGGCGGCGGGCUGUUCAACCAGUACGGGGGAUACGGCGGCGGGGGAUCGUACGGCGUCGGGGGGGGUUCGUACGGCGGCGGGGGCUACGGGGGUGCCUACGGCGGCGGCGCGCAGGCGCAGAAGGAUGGCCAGUCGCAAGCGCAGAAGGGCCGCAGACUGGCGCACAUAUCCGUCGUGUCCCCGUCCGAGUCCAGCGUCGUCACCUUGGUCGCGGUGUGCGCGGACGGACGGCGCGUGUACUUCACCACGCUCCCGGCGGAGGGCUCUCGGGCGCUCGGCUACGGCGGAUCUUCUUACGGCUCUCAAAACGGGUCGGGGACCCGCCGCGGCGGCGGUGUCAAGGAGCACCGCUCGGUUCCCGCCGCGUGCCGCCUCGCCGUGGUCCAGUCCCGCGAGCCGCUGCCGCAGGGAAGCGCGCAGCGCGGCAUGAGCAGCGCCCAGGCGCUGCGCGCCACCACCACCGUUCGCCCGCUCGAGGUUGAGGCGGCGUUUUACCGGGACGGGCUCAUGCUCCUGUGCGACGCCGCGGACCGGGACGAGGACGCGAGGCUCUUCAUGGCGUCGCGGGACCUCGCGCUACCGCCGCACCUGCAGAUGGACGCGCACCCGAUCGGCCAGGUUGGUGGUUCCCCGGCGCCUUCCAUCCACGGAGGCCUUCACUCGCCGUCGGCGCGCAGGGACGGGGGACUCGGUUCGGAUCUCGACCGCGGUAACCCCUACGGCUCCCCGCUCAACAUCGGGAGGGGGGGGGGCAACGGGGGGGUCCCACAGGGCGGCGGUACCCACGGCUUGAUGGCAUCCCCGGGUUCGAUGGCGUCCGGCGGCGCGUACCAGGGCGUGGGCGCGGGUGCGCAGAGCGCGUCGGCGAUUCGAUCGCUUCGCGAAAUCGUCACCCCGCAGCCGCUCCAGGGCCGAGCCGCCAGCGCCGUGGGGUCCGUCGGCGAGGUUCCCCCGCCGCUGGGCGUUCUUCGGGACCUGGACCCGCCGUACCCGCCGGGGGCGCCGAGGGAGCUGUCGUCCCGCCCGGCCCCUCUUCGAAGCGAACUCGCGACGCAACACGUCGCUCCCCGGCGCAAAUUCGUCGUGGUGACCAACGCCGGCGUCGUCACCGUGGAAAAGUCGAGGCCCCUGGACGCGUUGGCCAAGAUUCUCGCCAGCGACGUGCACGAGUCCCUCGUGCACUUCUUCAAGUCGUACGGCCAGGCGGAGGCUGCGACGAUGUGCCUCGCCGUCGCCGUCGGCGCGCUCGGCUCCGGGGCUUCGGAUCUUGAUCGCCAGCAGCAUCAGGCGGGUCAUCAUAACGGCGGCACCCCCGGCGGCACCCCGGGAGGGAGGGUCGAGUUUGGCGGUUCCCCACGCGUGCCCCCGUCCGUCCUCGGCACCCCGCAGGGUGCCUUUGGCGGCGGCGCGGGCGCGGGCGUCGACGGCUACGGCGGCUCUCUCUUUCACGGCGCCGGGCUCGCCGAUCGCGCCAGGCGGGCGCUCGAGGACCCGAGGCUCACCGGCGAGCCGCGCGUCGACGAGGACCUCAACGGGUUCGGCGUGGACGCCGCGGGCGGCGGCGGACAGUUCGACAUGGGCCGCGCCAUCGUCCAGCCGCAGUUGCACUACAGCGGCGUCCAUCGAGCGCUGUACACGUACGCGGCGAGGCUGCUGGCGCCCACGUGGGAGCGCCCUCUGUGGGUCGCCGUGACACACCCGAACAAGAACGACUCGUCAGGAGGUGUGCGCGGGAUGGGCAAGAACGGCGGCAAGAACGGCGUCGCCCCGAACCAACCCCCGGGCAAGGGUUUAGGGUUAGGGUUAGGACCGAACCAACCCCCGUUGCGCGACGCGGUGGUCGCCGGCGCGGCGGACGGCGGCGGCGUCGCGGGCGCUGCCGCCGCAGCCGCGGGCUGGCUCGGCGGGAUCCUCCGCCCCGACCCGACCGCCGCCGCGCCCGUCGCGUGCACGAUCCCGGCGGACGUCCUCGCCAGCCUGGAGCGCCGACUGGCGCCGCUCGAAGAGUUUCUCUCGAGGCGACGACCUCGAGUUGCUCCGUCGGAAAGGUCGAGGAGAGCUCAAAACGGUAGCCACCUCCUGGGACCGCCCGCGAGGCAACGGCGUCGAAUCGACGGACCCGCCGGCGCGCUGCGGGCCGAGGAACGGUCCAUCGCCGCCCUCCGCGGCCUCGUCCGCCGCGCUCGCGAAGCCGCCGCGCUCCUCCGUUGCCUCCACGAGGAGGACUUUGAACGCGACGUCGGCGCGUGGCUCGGUGUGGAGAUUCGUCAACACAUGUGCGGGCUCACGCUCCGGUCGUUCGUGAGCACCCCCGAGGGCGCCGCCACGGCGUCCAGGCUCGUCGAGGCGCUCAUGGCGCGACGGACCCGCGCGGAUUCGUCCUCGUUGGAUGCGCUCGCGACUAAACUGCAGGCGGCGGCGCCGCUCUUCUUCGACGGCGACGCGAGGACGUUUUACCGGGCGCGCGAGUUGCUACAAGGCGCGAGGGACGCGAGGGACGCGAGGGACUUUCGCGCGUGCGCGGAGACGACGGCGGCGUCGCUGGAGAUGCUCCUCGGCGUGCCCCUCGCGGGUGAUCCCACCGCGGUUAUGGCGGAGCUCGCCGACCUUCGGUGCUUUCACGGCCUCGCCGCGCUGCCGCUCGCGGCGGCGGCGGCGGCGGCGGACGCGGCGGCGGCGGGCGACGGCGUGGGAAGCCUCGGCGCGAUGGACGCCGGGGGACCCGUCAACGCGUCGCCCAGAACCUUUGGCGCGACGAAUUCGGGGGUACAUUCGGGCGCACUCGAUGGAAGCCUCGGAAAUAUUAUGCGCAACGGGGCGAAUGGCGCGACGGAUCCGGAGGAGUGCUUCGAGUACGUCUGCGUGGCGAUUCGCGCGCUGGCGACGGGCGUCGCCGAUCCCGGCUCGCCCCCCGGCUCACUCGGCGCGGUGUGCGCGUCCCUCCCGCCGGAUGAACGCGCGAGCGGACUCGCCGCCUUGCUCAAGAGGUGCGCGCAGGCGUCCUCCCCGGCGGCGGCGUCGGCAGCCGCCGCAGCCGUCAAAGCCGCAGCCGCCAACGCCGCGGCAGCCGCGGCCGCAGCCGCCGCGGCGUCCCCGCAAGCCCGGCAAACCCACGGGGCGCUCAUCGCGCCGUCGCCGUCCGUAGCCGCCGUCGCCGCCGCCACCCCCGCGGAGGUUGCCGGCGCAUCAGCCGCGGGUGACGGCGCCUUCAUCCGCCGCGUGUACGCCGAGCUCGUCGCGUUGGGCCGCGACGAGGACCUCCUGGAGCUCCCCGCCGGUCCCCUCGAGCAGCACCUCGCCGAGCGCGGUGCCUUUGAGACUGCGAGGCAGGGCGGAGCGCUCACGCGGGACGAGUCGCGGCACCUGGAGCUCCUCGCGAGGCUGUACGCCAGGCGGGAGCGGCACGGACUCGCGGCGCAGGUGUUUUUCGCCCUCGCCGAACGCGUCGCCGGCGCGGACUGCGCCGUGUCCCUCGACGAGCGCGCGGCGCUGCUGGACCUCGCGCUUCGACACGCCAAAUCGCCGGGGGCGCACGCCGAGCUCGCCGGCGGAGCCGCCGAUGCCCAGGUGGAGACGCUCGAGGGUAAGAUUAAGGUUCUCGAGUUUCAGCGAAGGCUGCACGCGACGUUUUCGGAGCGCGCGAGGCGUGGCGGCGCGGACGCCGAUCGCGACGCGCGACUCGCCGCCGAGCUCGAGCGCGAGCUCCGCCCGCUGUCGGACAUGUACAACGACUUCGCCAAGCCGUGCGACAUGCACGAUGUGUGCCUCGAGAUGCUCCACUUUUCCCGGUACCGCGACGCCGACGGCGCCGUGGCUCGCGGCUUGUGGGACGCGCUCUUGUCAUCCGCGGCUUCGUCCGUGCGUGUUUCAUCGCCGCAGGAUGAUCGCGCCGCGCUCUUCGCCGCGUGCAACGCCGCCAGGGCGCUCGGCCCGAAGCUCUUCCCCAGCGACGUCGCGUUCCCGGUGGCGCACGUGGCGCUGAAGCUCGAGCUGAUGGCGGGCGGGCUGUGGGGCGGCGUUAACGCGGCGGUGGUUGGGAGCGAAGACGUCGGCGCCGUCGCCGACGCGAUGCUCGCGGCGACGGGAGAUUCACCCGAGGCGAUACACGCGGCGUACGACAGCCUGCUCGCCACCCCCGCGUCUCGAGCGCAGCACGGGUCAAUACGGCUGGUGCAAUCCGAGCAGCUUCAGACGCCCGCGCUGCGGCUGCGGCUGCUUCGAAGCGCCCUCCGGGUGCUGCGCAGGUGGGACGAGAAGAUUCGUUCCGACGCCGGGCUGGCGGGCGGCUUCGGAGGCGGCGGGGCGGGGAACGGAGCGGCGAACGGGGGUGGGUUCGGCGCUUUUGGCGCGGGUCAAGGCGCGCACGUUCGCGCCGCGCUCGGAGACGUGUGCGUAGGGUACGCCGGGGAGGCUCGUCGGCUGCUGCAGGUGCCGACGAGCGCGCAGGGCGCGGCGGAGGCGCUCGCCGAGGAGUUUGACGCGCUCGGGAAGAGGCUCAUCGGGUGA